AUGGCCCAGCACGGCUUCAACCAAUUUGGCUCCGGCCACAACGCCGGUAGUAUUGACCCCAACGACCUCAACAUGGGCAGCGGCUACCCUGCCUCGUACUCCAAUAACAACAAUAACAACAAUAACAACUUCAACUCGAAUUCUGGUACCGGCACAAACGGAUUUUCUAGCGGCUCUGCCUUGUUCGGCGAUGAUGAGCUCCUUGAUGGCCUCUCCAAUUCCGCAGAUGUCCAGCCCGUCAUGGCAGGCCAGGGUCAAGAUUUCUCCGGUAUCAUGGGCUUCUCCCAGGGAGCGUUUGCUCAACCCCAAAUGAACGGCUACUCAAACACCCCCGAUGGGGACCCGAUCCAGAGCCCCUACGCAGCCGGCUUUACCAAUCAGUUCCGCCAAAUGCAACCCGGCCACUCAAUUGGUACCUCUCUGCACUCCCCCCUGUCCUAUUCCAACUCACCCUUGGCGGACAUGAACCCCGACGACCCAAACCUCCUCAAGGCUCGCGCCCGGAUGUCCCAGCAGAUGCAGCGAAAAGCGUCUAGCAGCCGCAGCCCCAUGACUCCUAAGACCGCCAGCCUCCAUGGAAUGAACAUCGGAUCCCAAGACUCCCAAGGCUUUGGGGCACAGCCCAUCCGAACUGCCGGUAUGCAUGAGAAGUCGCCUUCUGGCCAGUGGAUGAACACCCCGACCGGUAGCAUUCCCGCUUCGUACAACUCCGGUUUCUCGUCGCCCAUGCAACCAUCCAUGGGCCAGAUCAAUGAAGUCAUGAUGAAGGGCGGCACUUCAAUGCCCGCCAAGCUCGGUGUGCCUCCUGCCGCCGUCUCAUCACAGGAAAUGAAGCGGAAACGACGCCGGGAGUCCCACAAUUUGGUAGAGCGCCGUCGACGUGACAACAUCAAUGAGAGGAUACAGGACCUUAGCAGAUUGGUGCCCACUCACCGCCUGGAGGACGAGAAGAUCCGAAAGCUCAUCCAGAACGGGACCCCACUUUCUCCCACGCUCACCGGCAUCCCCAGUCCAUCCCAGGCCACCUCAAGUCUUGCCGGCCCCGGCGCGCGGAGAGCGGCUGGAGCCAGCGCUGGCAACAUCACCACUGGCCUCCCGCUCGAAGAGAAGGACAAGGGCCCAAACAAGGGCGACAUCCUCAACGGUUCUGUUAGCUGGACCCGGGAUCUCAUGUGGAUGCUUCACCUCAAGCUUCAACAGCAAGAGGAAAUGAUGAACACGAUCGCUGAGCUUGGCGGUCAUUUCCCAUUCGAGCAGACCGAGGAUGAGCGACGCAUGCAAACCGAACUUAUGGAUGCCAUCAGCAAGAACGAGCCCGGCAUGCUCUCUUACUCUCGCACCGCUGGAUCCGGUCUUCGUGUGCCUCACCACACCGACUAUCGAGGCGAGCCCGUUGAUGGUUUGGGUGGAGGUGUCGACCCCCUCUCGAUCAGCCCAGAUGAGAAUGGAAGUGGUGUCAUGGCCGGUGGCCUGGGAGAUGCCGACCAGUACUGGCACGAUCCUGAUGACAACGGCAGCGGACGAGCUUCCCUUAAUUUCAAAGAGGAAGACGAGUACGACAUGGACCUUACUCAGUAG